UAUGCCACUUUUCCUGUUUCAGUGUGUCGAAGCUCCUGAGUUACUGACUAACACACCAUUUAGUCCUCUUUUUCCCUGAGCCAGCACUUUAGAUCUGGCACUGUUUUACUCCAUCUCUCACAGGACCAGUGUGCACUUUGACCCAGAGGAUAUCCUGUGCCUUCUCAGCAGUUGGAGCGUGAGCGCACUGAAGCCAACACAAGACAAAAGAUCUUUGCAGCUUUAUGCACUUUUAUUCAGAUAAACGGAGACUUAAGGAUUCUACGAGGCAGAUAAAAGACGGACUGGAGUCUUUUACGUACAAGCUUGAAAAUGAUGGAAGAAGUAAAUGAAGGGACACCUAGUCUGAGUGUCCAUGGUCAUAAUGUCAAGGUUACAGAGAUGUUACAAGAGGGGGACACACUUACCUUCCUUAUUGUAUCUCAGAAGCUGUCUGGGACGGGGGAAUACCACGUCCACCGGACCUAUGAUGAUUUUGAAUGGCUGCAGCAGCACCUGUUCUCUCAGGAGGAUGUGCCUGGGAUCCAGGGAGUCAUAUUUCCUCCUCUUCCUGUUAAAGCUCAGGUGAACGCAUCUGCCAAGGUCUUGAAACAGCUUGGUAUCCUUGGUUUAGGAGAGUGGCUGCCAUACUGUAAAGCACUGGAAACCUUCCUCCGGCAGAUUGCUUCACACAGCAUACUCAGCAAAAACAAAGCAGUGGAGAUCUUCCUGACGAGCUCAGAUCCUCCAGGCAGACACAGAGCAAGGAAAAACAUAUUCAACCGGCUGAGUCAAGCUGUGGAAGGAAUGAGGAAGGAAGGCCAUAAGGAUGUGGAUGAGUUCUUUCAAACUGAACGGGAUCAUAAUAAUGUUCUCACCAGCUGUGCCAAGACUGCAGCAGAGAGAUUCCUGGAUGUGGUGCAAACUGAGCAAAAGAUAGCCGUGGCCUGUGGGCACUUCUCAGCUGCUCUGCAACUCUGCCUGGAACCAGGGGAUGAGCCUGAAAAACAGGCUUUCACUAAGAUUUGUGCGAAAUUAUCAGAAGUCUUUGAUUCUAUGAAGAAAAAUAUGGCAAGUGUUGCUGAGAACACUCUUGGGCUCGGCCUGGAUCUGGAGUCACGCUACCAGGAAGCAGAAAAGGAGAUGCUCUUCAGGAGAACCUGCAAACUGGUGGAGUUAGAGACCGCCACAAAGAAUGCAGAGAAGGCCAAACCUGUAAAGAAGGCUGCUAUGGAGGAGGUGAAGAAAGCAGCAGAGACAGAGUUUGGUCACAUCAGUGGAGUGGCUAAAAAGGAGAUUGCGCGAUUCCAGGGUGCACGUGUGGAGUUGUUGCAGCAGGCUAUGGUUCAGUGGUGUGAAAAGCAGAUUCUUACAGCCAAAGAAAGUGCUGACCAGUUCGACCAGCACCUGCAGGCCUUUAGAGGGAUGGCCUAGUGACCCCCACUCUUAAUGAAGCAUCCUCAGUAUGUCUAAACAUAGCAUCGGAUAACCCAAACAUGUCCUUCACCCUGGUGUGCUGCAGUCCGAUGCUUCAGUGGAUUCAAUUAGUGUAAAUAAAGAAAUGUAAGUAAAAGGGAAAGGGGGAAACCUUCCAGGUUAGCAAACCCUUCAAUUUGUCCACACACUCACUUUCCCCCACUCUCUCCUCAAUCACACUCCACCAGUAAAGCCCUCUGUAGAAAUGAUGGUUUUGAUUUCUUUCUUUUUUUUGUUGCCUGGUGAGGCAAUUGUGUGUGUAUUUUUUUAUACUACACUCAUACGAUUGUGCUGAGAGCGUAUUGUGCUGCUCUGCAACCACCACAUCAAGCUGGGUCACACAAAAUAAAGUGUGAUGAAUUGAUUCCCAAAGUACCUGCU